AGAGAGAGAGAGAGAGAGAGAAAAGACCAGCAUCGCAUGUGCUGCUAGAGCUGCAAGCAUUCGGACCAUUAUAAAUACAUGUCUUCAUAAGAAUUUUAUACCAUCACCAAACUAAAGGAGCAACUAUGGCCUUGUUCUCUCAUUUUCUUGUUCAUUUUGCCUUAUUACUCAUUUUCCUCCCUCUUGAGCUACACAACCUUUUGAUUGGUGUAUCAUCAGCCACUUUAAGCAUCACCACAGACAGAGAAGCCUUGAUCUCAUUUAAGUCUCAACUGAGUAAUGAGACUCUUAGCCCUUUAUCUUCUUGGAACCAUAAUUCAUCUCCUUGCAAUUGGACUGGUGUUCUAUGUGACAGGCUUGGCCAAAGAGUAACUGGCUUGGAUCUUUCAGGCUUUGGACUCUCAGGUCACUUAAGCCCUUAUGUUGGUAACCUUUCCUCUCUUCAGUCUCUCCAAUUGCAGAAUAACCAAUUCAGAGGAGUGAUUCCUGACCAAAUUGGCAACCUAUUAAGUCUUAAAGUUCUAAAUAUGAGCUAUAACAUGUUAGAAGGAAAGCUUCCUUCAAACAUCACCCACUUGAAUGAGCUUCAGGUUCUUGAUUUAUCCUCAAACAAGAUUGUCAGCAAGAUUCCUGAAGACAUCAGCAGCUUGCAAAAGCUUCAGGCUUUGAAACUAGGAAGGAACAGCCUCUAUGGUGCAAUACCAGCUUCUCUAGGAAACAUUUCUUCUCUAAAAAAUAUCAGUUUUGGCACCAACUUUCUCACUGGCUGGAUUCCCAGUGAAUUGGGUAGGCUCCAUGAUUUGAUUGAGCUUGAUCUCAUUCUCAACAAUCUCAAUGGGACUGUUCCACCUGCUAUAUUCAACUUAUCUUCCCUUGUCAACUUUGCCUUAGCUUCAAACUCUUUCUGGGGUGAGAUUCCUCAGGAUGUUGGUCACAAACUUCCAAAACUCAUAGUGUUCAAUAUAUGCUUCAAUUAUUUCACAGGUGGAAUUCCAGGGUCUUUGCACAACCUCACCAACAUUCAGGUCAUUCGUAUGGCUUCCAACCAUUUGGAAGGAACAGUGCCACCGGGUUUGGGAAAUCUCCCAUUUCUUAAAAUGUAUAAUAUUGGUUAUAACAGGAUAGUUAGUUCAGGAGUAAGAGGUUUAAACUUCAUUACUUCUUUGACAAACAGCACUCACCUGAACUUUCUAGCAAUUGAUGGAAAUAUGCUGGAAGGUGUGAUUCCAGAAACCAUUGGCAAUCUCUCCAAGGAUCUCUCAACACUAUACAUGGGACAGAAUCGUUUCAAUGGAAGCAUACCCUCCUCCAUUGGUCGUCUCAGUGGCUUGAAGUUGUUAAACUUAAGCUACAAUUCAAUCUCAGGAGAAAUCCCACAAGAGUUAGGCCAGUUAGAGGAACUACAAGAGCUAUCUCUGGCUGGGAAUGAGAUAUCAGGAGGUAUUCCAAGCAUACUUGGUAAUCUCCUGAAGUUAAACCUGGUUGAUUUGUCAAGAAAUAAACUUGUGGGGAGAAUACCUACCAGUUUUGGGAAUUUGCAAAACCUGCUUUACAUGGACUUAUCCAGCAACCAACUCAAUGGGAGCAUACCUAUGGAAAUCCUCAAUCUCCCAACUUUGAGCAAUGUUCUGAACUUGUCGAUGAACUUUUUGAGUGGACCAAUACCUGAAGUUGGGAGAUUGAGUGGUGUGGCCUCCAUUGACUUUUCCAACAACCAAUUGUAUGAUGGCAUCCCCAGCUCAUUCAGCAAUUGUCUCAGCUUGGAAAAAUUAUCUUUGGCCAGGAAUCAGCUUUCAGGUCCCAUUCCAAAGGUUCUUGGAGAUGUGAGAGGCUUGGAGGCUUUGGACCUGUCCUCCAACCAACUCUCUGGAGCCAUUCCUAUUGAACUUCAAAAUUUACAGGCGCUUAAGCUCUUAAACCUCUCGUACAAUGAUUUAGAAGGAGCUAUUCCUAGUGGUGGAGUUUUCCAAAACUUUUCUGCCGUCAAUUUAGAAGGCAAUAAAAAUCUCUGCUUGAACUUCCCAUGCGUGACUCAUGGCCAAGGAAGAAGAAAUGUAAGACUUUACAUCAUCAUAGCCAUCGUGGUAGCAUUAAUACUGUGUCUCACAAUAGGCUUACUAAUAUAUAUGAAGAGCAAAAAAGUGAAGGUAGCAGCAGCAGCAUCUGAACAGCUGAAACCUCAUGCACCAAUGAUCUCUUAUGAUGAGCUCCGUUUGGCAACUGAGGAGUUCAGCCAGGAAAACUUAUUAGGAGUUGGAAGCUUUGGCUCAGUUUAUAAAGGCCAUCUAAGUCAUGGAGCUACUGUUGCAGUGAAAGUUCUUGACACUCUAAGAACUGGCUCUUUAAAGAGUUUCUUUGCAGAAUGUGAGGCCAUGAAGAACUCAAGGCAUCGAAAUCUGGUUAAGCUGAUCACAUCAUGCUCUAGUAUUGACUUUAAAAACAAUGAUUUUCUGGCUCUGGUGUACGAGUACCUGUGCAAUGGUAGCUUGGAUGAUUGGAUCAAGGGGAGGAGAAAGCAUGAAAAGGGAAAUGGGUUAAACCUUAUGGAGAGACUGAACAUUGCUCUAGAUGUUGCUUGUGCAUUGGACUACCUCCACAAUGAUAGUGAAAUUCCAGUAGUGCACUGUGAUUUGAAGCCUAGCAACAUUCUAUUGGAUGAAGAUAUGACAGCAAAGGUUGGAGACUUUGGACUGGCUAGGUUGCUGAUUCAAAGAUCAACUAGUCAAGUUUCCAUAAGCUCCACUCGUGUCCUAAGGGGUUCAAUUGGUUACAUACCUCCAGAGUAUGGAUGGGGAGAGAAACCAUCUGCUGCUGGUGAUGUAUACAGUUAUGGUAUAGUGUUACUAGAAAUGUUCUGUGGUAAAAGUCCAACAGAUGAGUGUUUCACAGGAGGCCUAAGCAUAAGAAGAUGGGUGCAAUCAUCAUUGAAAAACAAGACAGUGCAAGUGAUUGACCCUCACUUGCUUUCCCUCAUUUUUUAUGAUGACCCUUCUGAGGGAUCAAAUGUACAACUCAGUUGUGUGGACGCAAUUGUUGGAGUUGGCAUAUCUUGCACUGCAGACAACCCAGAUGAACGCAUUGGCAUUAGAGAAGCUGUUCGUCAACUAAAAGCUGCUAGGGACUCUCUUUCGAAUCAGUCUGAUGAGAGUCCUACACUUACUAGUACUAGAGAUACCUAGUCUUACGUCCGUGUUUCAGCAAAGUGAACUGUGUAGAGAUAGGAAAGAGUCAGAGAGAGUUGGCACCGUACGAUCCUUUACACUUUGCAGCCAUGUUUGACAAAUAAGCGCAAAGAAUAUAUAAUAUAAUAAUACUUUUGUUGACCAUGUAAUGAUCAAAUACUUUACUAUUUUAGGCCAACGAAUCGCUCUAGUCAUGUAUGGUAGAAAUUGAGAUGUAUUUCUGCCGCCAACCUUUAAAUAGGCUAUUAAUAACAGAGAAAUAUAAGGAGGAGUGUGCUUAAAAGAGUGUGAUUAAGAGUGUGACCCAUUUUUGGUCCAUGAAAAAAAGCAACAAUUGAUAUCCAACACAUUUAUAAUUGGUUAUG